AUGCUGGUCUUCUCUUAUUUUUUAGAUAUUUUUCUUCAAUCUCUUACUGAAACUAUUUUUGAUGCUACCUUAUUUUCUGAUGUUGAUGAUUCCAUGGAGGACAGCGAACUCGAAUUAGAUAGCUACACUAUGUUCCGGAAGGACAGAGAUAAUUAUGGAGGAAGAGGACAGGAGCCAACAAGGAAAAAUAACGUCCUUGACUUAGUCAUCUCUACAGAGGAAGACAUGAUUGAAGAUAUACAAGUCGGAGAAAAAUUUGGCUCCAGUGAUCACAAGAUAAAAAGGUUUGAAGCACGAUACAACUAA